AUGUUGUAUCCUGUCCCAAGCAAGGCAUCAAAUCUGGCAGCUGAUACUGUUGAGAAGGAGCACAAAAGAUUACUUGCUCGGAAAUCAAUCAUUGAAAAGAGGAAAGAGGAUCAAGAGCGUCAGCAGCUAGAGAUGGAACGUGAGGAGGAGGACAAACGGAUUAAGCUUCAGAAGAUAACUGUUGAGGCAGAGCAAAAGAGACUUGCAGCAGAGCUUGAGGAGAGAAUGAGACAAAGAAUCCUUAGGGAGAUCAAAUGGAGGGAAGUAGAGGAAGCUAUGGCGUUGCUGAAGGAGAGAGAGAAACGCAUGAGAAAGGGAAUGAAGAAGAUAACAGUUUUAGAUGGAGAGAAGGUGGUGAUGACAAAGGAAACUGUUAUGGAGAGGAUCUUGAGAGAGAAGAUCAAGGAAAGGCAAGAAAGGGAGAAGAAGCUCCAAGGACUAGCGAAAACUAUGGAUUGUUUGGAACGAGCAAAGAGAGAAGAGGCUGCUCCGUUGGUUGAAGCUGCAUAUCAGCGAAGACUGGCAGAGGAAAGUGAAGUUUAUGAAGGCGAGCAAGAGCGGGAAGUUGAAGUCAGCAAAGAGCGUCAUGAGAGUGACUUGAAGGAGAAGAAGAGGUUGUUUAGAAUGUUGGACAACAAGGAAAUAUUCCAAGCGUCGUGUCUCACACGCCUCUAA